AUGGUUCGUGUCGUUACUCGAGUCGAGCUCGAGCCACCUUUUGAUGAGCCUUACUUGGCUAGUUCACUUCAAGAUUUCUGGGGUAAGAGGUGGAACCUCAUGGUAACCAAUAUACUCCGUCCGACCGUUUACGAUCCUGUCCUGUCUAUAAUGUCAGACCGGAUCCACAGGAAGUGGGCCCCACUUCCUGCUGUUCUCGCGACGUUCUUCGUCUCGGGGCUAAUGCAUGAAGUGAUUUUUUACUACAUUGGAAGAUUGAAGCCUAGUGGUGAAGUCAUGGUCUUCUUUCUCAUUCAUGGAUUGGCUUUGGCUCUUGAAAUUGUGAUCAAGAAAGUGUUGAAUGGCAGAAUUUGGAUUCCUAGAAUUAUCUCAGGACCAUUAGCAUUAGCUUUUAUAAUUUUCACCAGCUUUUGGUUCUUCUUUCCACCAUUUUUGAGGGGUCAAACAGAGCUUAAAGCAUGUACUGAAUCUCUAGCUUUCUUAGAAUUCCUCAAGCAUGGGAAACUAGUUAGUCCAACUAAUAUGAUAUGUCCACUCUUGUAA